ACAAUGUUCUCUUGACAAGCAGAUAAGUUGUUUUCCACAUACAGCGCCUUCACCUCAGCUGCUAGAGCCUUUGCUGACUUUUUCCCUCUGCCGCUGCGCUUUCCAUACUUGUCAGCUUCAGGAUGUUUCAAGUAAACUGACACCGAGGUUCCGUCCGUCGUGAUCGAGCCUUCAAAACACAUUCCACGACGAGAUCUAAAAGCCUUGUUCUGCAGAUUACAGACGCGCAACCAUAAAUCGACCUUUUCGACAGUUUCCGCUUCUCGUCGCGUGAUGCAAAGAAGGUGAGAGUAGAGGAUGAUGGUGUCGAUUCGCACGUGACUUUGAAUGAGCGAGCGACGAAGAGGUAUGGCGCUAAACCGUCGAAAUCCGUGAUGCUCAUAGAGUCGGGAGAGUUUGCAGUAUGCAGGAAAGAAGGCGAGAGGGUCUACAGCAACCGAAUAUGCGAGUGGCUGGUCGUCAGAAAGGGGAAUGCUAAGGGACCAAAUCUCUUCUAGAAGUUCACUCUCUUCAGCAGUCAAGUCAUCGAGCGACUCAGGCACGAUAUCAAAAAGGAAAAUUGACUUCAAGUAGCGAAGACGAGCAAAGAAAGCGUUUCGCGCAUCGCUUUUCAGUGGCAGUCGCUGCUUCUGUCUCUUCACAUCAAGCCGCAGAUUAAUGUACCGGAGCAGCAUCAUCAUGAAGUGUUCCUGGACAUUGACCUUCAGAUUCGUCAUCAUACUCGCUGUCAGAUAAUUGACUGAUUGCUGCUCUUUUUGUACAUUUGGAUGAACGAAGCCGACGAUGUUGCAGUACCGUUGGAUGUAUGGCAACAAGGAUUCGCGUAACGCCUUCUUCGCACCGGUUUUUGGUUGCCAUGAUUCACCUUUGUUGAGAAGAUAGAGGAUGGCUUCAAUUGUCUCUUGAUUUACUGUGGGAAAGAAGACGCUGCCGGUAGGUCUCAUUAGGCAAGAAAGCCUUUCCAAAGGACGUUUUGUUACAGGUAUGUAAGGUGGGUUUGUCGAGUUUUUCGAGUUUUAAGGAAAAGCAUAUGACUCUUUAUGCAAAAAUAUUAACAAAUGCGGGAAUAUGUCCGAAUAAUGUAGCGGUUAUUGCGGAAGAAGAGACUACUGGCGAUGCACAUCAGCGGCUUGUCAAGCUUACCUACCGGGAUGUUGUCUCACAAGUUGAACAAUUAUCGUUAGAAUUCAAGCGGUUUGGGAUUCAACGCUUCAGCUAUGUCGCAACGAUAAUGAGCAGCUCCUACUCACUUGUCAUCACGCUAUUAAGUCUUUUCCAGCUGGGUGCUACGUAUUUCCCUUUAUCUGCACACACUCGCUCGCUAAUUCAUAGCGCGGCUACGAUACAACGGAUGCCCAAGUUACGAUAUGUACUAUGUAAACGUUCCACGGCGGAAAGGGUCCCCAAGGAAAUCGAGCGAGUACGCAUUGAAAACGUCUUCUCACUUCCUGGAUACUGCCUUUUGGUGCGAGAUGAAGUGAUCAAAGACCAUGAGGAAGCCUUUGAGUCAGUAAAUCUCGCCUACAUCAUCCAAACUUCCGGAACUACCAGGAAUGGAAGAGGCAUGCCAGUUCGGGUGCCACAUAAGUGUAUUGCCGGAAAUAUAACCGCCAUAGGCAAGCGUCUAAACGGAAACUCUACUCCUAUUGUGACCUUGCAAGUUUCCGCCCCGACGUUUGACCCAUCUUUGGUAGAAAUGCUACUUCCCUUAACCACGAAAGGCACCAUUGUCAUUCCUCUCCACGACACACUCUUGAAUCCGCCAAUGCUGUUCGAUAUGAUUCGAAGAACUGCAGUGACCCAUCUGUUCAUGACUCCGUCGCUAUUCAUGCAAUUUGAUUCGGCAGACCAAUCAAAAUUGCUGGCGGCUGAGACGACUGUCCGCGACAUCAUUCUUGGGGGAGAGCCAUUCCCAAUUAGUUUAGUGAACGAGCGAAGAUCUUCACUGGUGAAUUUGUGGAAUAUAUAUGGCACUACGGAGUGCUCCGUCUGGGCGACUUUACAAAAGGUCGAUAAAACGCCGGUCAGCAUUGGAGAGGCUUUAGACGAUACAGAAAUAUGUGUGCCAAACAUGCAGAGGAACACUGGCGAAUUAUGGAUUGGAGGACCGAAGCGGAUAUGUUAUGUAGGAGACGAAGUCAAAGGGGAAAGCCUUAGGCCUACUGGUGACCUUGUUCACAUUGAUUCUCUUACGAAUGUAAUGACCUAUAUGGGGCGAACGAGCAAUUCAAUUAAACGGCUAGGUUACCGAAUAAAUCUGGAAGUUAUUGCAGGAGCGAUUGAUGUUGUUCCGGGGGUAGUUCGCAGCGAGGCCAUCUAUGUGGACCGUACCCGGAGCUUUUGUCCUACUACUCUUGUAGCAUUUGUGGUAGCCCAGUGCAGAGACCGGAACCCAGUGCAAUUGAGACAUGCUAUUGGCCAGCUGCUCGAAAAAACCCUUCCUUUCUAUGCGCGACCGGAUUAUGUAUUUUUUAUAGAUGACAUUCCCAUGACCCACCAUGGCAAGACGGAUAGGACUGCUCUUUUGAGGAUCUGGGAGGACAGAAGGAGGGUAGUUCACGAGUCUGGUCCAAGUCAAUCAUUGUCCAGGACCGAUGUAGAGCGUCACGUACUCACCACACUAGCAAACCAAGUACCCUCGAGCCCUCAAGGUCGCGAUUGGUGGUUUUUGUCCGAAGGAGGAACUAGUAUUGAUGCAGCAAAAGUCACUGAGGACCUACUUCGCUGGAUAGCACUAUCAGCAGCAAAGAGAAAUAAGCCCGAUGUGGAGCUGGACAUGAUUCGUCCAAUCCUCCUUACUCGCAUUCUCCACAAUGCGGCCAGCGAGGUGGUAGCAUAUGUUACUCAACUGCUGAAUUCUGACGAACCUCUGUCAUCCACCGUUCGAAAACGAUCUCGCCCUUCUUCUGUAGGGGAUUCAAUCACCUCAUGCAGACAGCGUCAGUGUCUGGAUGAGAGCGAAGAUCGCGCUGGCAUUCUCAUCGUACGUCGUACAAUGGAGGCUACAACACGCUCUCAUGAACAUCAUGAUCGACAUCGAGAACUCCAGAAAAAACUCAAGCUUAGAGUUCAGUGGAAGGUCAAUCUAGAGAAAUGCGUGGAUGCCUCCCCAGUUUUACUGAUCAAAGCCGAGGAUGAGCGGCAGGUUCUCAUGACUUAUAUCGGUUCCCAUGCCGGUAUUUUCAGUGCGAUCGACGUGCUCACCGGAACAUUGAUUUGGCAAGCGCAAAUACGAGGCAGGAUUGAGAGUAGUGCGUGCGUCACACGUGAUGGAAAGGUGGUUGUUGUCGGGUCCUACGAUUUCCGAGUGUAUGCUUUCAGUACGACGUCAGGAGCCAUUAUCGGGACUUAUGCCACGGACGGUGAAGUCAAGAGUUCGCCUGUAACUGAUAAAUGGAACCAUAUUUGGGUUGGGUCUCAUGAUGGCAACGUGUAUUGUCUUCAAGUCAGUCCAGAGUCUGAUGGACUAGUUUGUUUGUGGAAAUAUAGUAUGGAUGCAGGUGUAUUUGCGUCCUGUGUAGCCGACGACGCCAGAAGCCGAAUAUUCGCAUGCGCGCUUGGAGGCAAACUUGUAUGCAUCACAACAUCAUACUCGUCUGAGCCGACAGUCUCGUGGAUCAGUAACAGCCCUACGAACAAACCGUUCUUCUCAUCGCCGUCCAUUGAUCCUAAAUCUGGAAAUGUUAUAGUCGGCUGUGUUGAUGGAAGCAUUUAUUGUUUCGAAGAAGACGGUGGCAACUUGGUUUGGAGUCACUCUACCGCUGGACCUGUCUUCUCGUCUCCAUGCGUUAGCUCGUUGCUGGAUGUACUUUUCAUCGGUUCGCAUGGAUGUACGGUGACAUGUCUAAACCUGACAACGGGUUUACCCCAAUGGCAAGAACCUCUCCGCACUCCAGCGGCUGUAUACGCUAGCCCGUUCUUAUCAUAUGACGGAGUUGUAGUAGCCAGCAUAGAUGGUUGGAUAGGAAUUGUGAAUCCCCUAACGGGCAAACUGAUUGCUGAGCAUAUGAUUGGUGGAGGCGAGGGUAUUUUUUCGAGCCCUGUAUGCUACGAAAAGUGGAUUGUGGUGGGAGCAAGAAACAACUUUGUAUAUGGAAUAUCGAUUGACUCAUAG